AGAGGCUAAUCGAGCGAAUGUCAACAGUCAGAUUUCUCUUUAUCCUCAAACUUCCCGACACCUCGACCUCCUACAAGACCCCUCGCAGCUAGGUGAAGGAUUCCUAGAGAACAUAAUUUCCUUUGCGAAUUGCGACUGACUCGACAGGUAGUUACAAGACAUUCGCCUAAGAAAGAACAGUUCGCAGACUUCGUUUCGGUUGUAAUUGGCUCAUUUUGUCGUACCCGUCGUCGAGCUUACCUGUGUCAACUGUGGAUUCUUGUGUGGAGAAACUCGUACUACACUCGAAGCAUUUUAUUCGUCUUUUCAUUUUCGUUCGACAUCUUUGUGUAAAGUUUUAUCAUAUCGUCCACUUACUUCGAGAGCAAGAACUUGGUCUAGAUUUCCUCCGACAUCUCCAUCAACUCACUAAAAUUAGACGUUUUUCUACUUGCGUGUUUACCGAUGCACAUUCGAGGAAGGACAUGUGUCAUCGACGAGCAUCCGCGUGGAAAGACGAACAAUUGUCAAUUGACCUGAUCAACAAGUUGCCGAUCUUGUUGAAUGCUACUGGAUAGGAGGAAGACGAUAAAACGAAUUCUGUCUAUUCUGGCACAACACGUUCACUGGCUCUAAGUAUUUUACACUUUGAAUUAACUUAGAUGAUUCAACUUCGUUCAACAAUGACAUCAUCAUUUCAACAUUCCCAGUCUCAUUCUCUGUCGUGUCUAAAAGACUAUUAAGACAAAACUAUCACAAUACAUCAUCAUCAUCAUCGUCAUUUUCAACAUUGGAAGGAGGUGAAAAUUUUUCUCAGUUAACGUGAUUCUCCUCACCAGGAAAAACCCCACGCUUACCAGUUUUGUGUAGAAGCUGUAACAGUAACUCGUUGCUCCACUACAAACGUAAAAAUUUAUUUACAUCUUCCUUGUCAUACAAAUCGAAUAUGAAUACGUAUCCAUUUAACAUUAACUACAAAGUUGCAUUGAUUUUUGAUGUCAUAAUCCUCAAGAACAUGAUCAAGGACUCACUCUAAUUCGUUCUAAAUUAAGGUUCCCAAUUAAGGUUCACCCAUCAUUAACACUCACUCAUAACUACAUUUUCAUCGGCAAUUUAUCUUGUACUGAUUCUACUCAACCAGAACCAUGAUCCAUCCUUGAGCAUCGUCCUAGUUUUCCUCCUUCUUUGUCAUAAUUUUUAGAAGACUCGAAUAUCAUCACGACUAGGUAGAAGCCGUUUGUCAUUAUUUUCGCAUUUAUUGUAGAAGUACAGGAGCUACAGUCAGUGGAUUUAACAAAAUCAUUGUCCCUUGACCACGUGGAUAAGUACAUCAAACACAACGAACAAAGCCAAAGCAUCUAGAUACAUAUAUUUAGUUAGAACCACUAGAACUGAUUUGUUCAUCUGUUAGUGAGGUUUUUGGUAAAGAUUGACUAAUCCACUUUCGUCUACUCCUUCUGCGGCACUACUAGAACUUCACGACCACGGACUACCUAGGCCUAGCAGUAUCUUCACGAAAACAAGAACUCAAGAUGUGUGACCUCGACUACGUUCCCGUGGCUCGGACCACCGAGUAUCUGCCUCCCCACUUGGCCAAGACGGUUUCGCGGUAUCGAAGACACAAUGCGGACAAGAUGGUCAGGCUUCUGCGACAAGGACCUCUUUCCGCGGAGCAGCUGGUCUAUGUCCUGCAUUUGGGUGGCGCAGUGUAUGAUCAGAACGAGACAGAAGACAGCGGAACCUUGGGACAGCAGGCUUACUACGAUGUUUUUAUGACGAACAUCUAUGCACUAAGUAACGACUUUCUUACUUUUAAAUCAACUCAAUCAUCUAUCUUCAUCUAACUAGUGCCUCGGUCUUGUUGUUGGCGAAGAACUACUUAGGUCAUGCACGCAGAAGCAGUGUAAGCCCUUGUAGUAUUGACCUCUCCAUCCUAUCAAGUUCUCCUUCACCUUCCCAGUCCCAAUACAUUCCCCUUUCAUCUUCCGCGAAGUCUUAUGGGAGCAGUUCGUGCAUCAUCUGCAUACCUAUCCCAUGAACUUGCAGACGCGCUUAGUAGAUUGUCUGGCGAAUGCACUUCGCCAGUUCCUCGAUUUCCGCAGUUGGCCUUUGAAACCGACCAAAGAAGCUCACGAAGCAAGUGGCAUGAAAGAAUUUCAUGCUAACGCGACACAGGGAACAAAAUGGUGGGAGAAAGUGAUGGAAUUGAGUGCAACACCAUCAACUUCAUCAACGUCACCGCCGCCUAUGGAAAUAGAUGCUCAACCUUCUUCUGGUACAAGGUUAGGAGUAGUAACGCCUGCACCACUGUUGAUGGCAGCGAAGAUGCCACCAGUUGGAGCUGCAUCAUCGACAGUGACAUCAUCAAGCACUAGAAAGAACAAGGACGCAGAAGUUUUCCCGCCAGUGGACGGCGACGGUGAUCAAGACAUGCUGGGUGGAGAGAACAUCGAUGCGGAUUUUGAGAAGAAACUAGCAGAAACACGCGAUUCGUAUUGUCAUCUAGACAGCUUUGAUUCUGUCCAGGCCAACUAUGAGAACCACAUGCAGUUGCGUCGCCGCGUAGCCGAUUGGAUUUGUCGAGAUUGGAGGCGUGUGUACGAUAUGCUUCACGCGCAGUUCUCCUUGAAGCCUAGAUGUGAUGACGGGGUCGGAGAAAGCGAGCAUAGGAAUUUAGCUUCUGCUUUAGGGAAUUUGUUGUACGUGGUGGGGAUAGUCACGAAGCAGCUUGUCGAUCGCGACGUGGCAACGAAAAUGACGCAGGAGUUGACGCAAUUCAUCGAUCCUACGCACAAAAUAUCGAUUCUGCAAUGCCGUACUUUUUUAACUUUGAUUACAAUCAAUGGGGGAUAGUUCACUCGCGAUUUUUCAAUGCAUAGUUCACUCGUGAUUUUUCUAUGCUUCUUGUCAAGUAGAAUGAUUAGCAGACAGACUCCAGCUCUAGUCUACCCUAGUUCACAAUCUUCACCGUCCUCUAUUUCUCACCUCAUAUGCCCAGGUGCCAUUCUUCUUCUCCUGCCUAACGUGACCCUUCACGAAGCGAUUCUUGACGGACGCCUUUUCGCUUGGUGGGGUCUUGUGGAGGAAGGCAAGAUUGCAAAAUUUGACCUCAUGUGGUUCAAACUUUUGGCACGUUACGCCAAAAACGCGUGGCGCAACUAUCAACGACCUCAGACCGAAGAGGAGAAGCAAAUCCAAGCAGUCUUAGCUCAAAAGGCAGAUUGGAUUAGCAACAAGAUCAUGCGAAGUUUGUCGUUGCCGUUCUUCAGUCCUGUGGCUAGCUCAUUGGAAGGCGCAAUGGCACAGUCGAAAUUGGACACGAAGUUUGUAGAGCGUCACAAAAUCCCAGCAGAAAUCGAAGCCUUGAUGGGACCAGUGAGUUGCUGGAAAUUCGUGGCGAAAUUUCUGAUCUACUCACUGGAAAACGAUCCGUUUGAGGCAGUACUAGACGCAGGUUGUUCUGAAGAACCUACUUCAACUUCUACUGGUUCUUCGGCACCACAACAAGGUUCUGACAUCGUCGUAGAGGAUCUACAACAAGAAUCGUCAGUGGGCGAACUACAAGCGACGCGCACGCUGUCGACAGCAGCAUCGUCCAUGGGCCGCUCAACAGUAUCUACUACUGCGCCUCCAAGCCGAACAAACUCUACCUCUGCUUCCGGCACCACCUCCAGUAAGAACGGCCGUCCACCGUAUUGGAGCACCUUGGAGCUACUGCUGAGACGGAUGCAGCCGUAUAUUCAAGGUGACUUCGGAGAGUGGAGUUGGCAUGUGACGACUUUUCUCCACUACUUGGUCAACGUGUACUUGACUCGUGUCACGCGCGAACGGUCGAGCACGCGAGGUGUGACAGCAUGGUGGAACGGCAAGGACAGCACUAAAAUGGAUAGGGCUGAUACGGAACAAGAUAACUACGAGACUUGGGCAUCUUCUACAGGUAGUUCAACAAGAAAGCAAAGACGAACGUUGACCCGACACGCAGAUACCUACUUCGCAUUCUUGUUCUUGCCCUUGUUCAAGAAGACCCUAGAACAGCGCGACGCGUAUUCACAACACGCGACGAUGGAUGCGCUUGCUAGAUUAGCGAGACUGCAAAACGAAGACACGUUGAAGAUCAAUCAGCUGUCAGCGGAGUUCGAACUUAGUGGUGGCUACAACGGUGAUGUCGACGCGAUAUUUGCGAAGUACAAGAGCAGCUUUCCCUUGUUCGGUGCUUGGGAUUUGGAGAAUUCCUUGCACAGUUUUCUGUACCAGGGAAUGGAGAUUCUGAACGACCCGUCACAGAGUUCACGCAUCACGAGUAUCUUCCGCUUGUAUGCCAGGUUGAUGCCGAGUGUGUUGCGAUUCUUUCCGAGCUUUGUGCCACAGAUCUUGGACUUCAUUUUACUCGGUAUUGACCCAACUGACUCGUCAAAAACGCUAGCGAGUGGCGCAUUGAUCGUCAACUUGUUCAGCUGCAUCCCCUGUCUGGACAUUGGGGAUUUACCGGAAGAGAGACCUAGCAGCUCUAGAAAUAAGAAGGCAUCUUCAGGGAAACAGCAACUGAAUCCUCCACCAGUGGCUGACCGACAUCGCAAUGAAGCUUAUCCCGGAAGACAGGUUGAGGCUUCCGAUGCGUCGUUUUUGAGUCAGGUCGAGGCCGAACGGAAGUCUGCGACAUUGAUGGCUAGUGGGGCGCUGCCUAGUUUUGGACUAGAACUCUUCGAGAAGUCUUUGCAGUACGUACUGGAAACCAGUCUGGAUGGUGGGAUGCGAGGACGCGCUUUGAACACGGGGCAAGCACUAGACAAGGUUAAUGCUAACAUGCUCUUCAUCUGCAACUUUCUAGUCUUGUCGCAAACCACGAAGAGCAUUCAAGAACAGGUGCUGGAGAAGAUGCGGGAGUUUUUGCAGACAGAACUACACCCGAAGAAGGUAAAAGUAGUCAAAGGCUUGUUGCAGGCAGUGGCGCGUAGCAUGCCACGCCGCAGUCUCGAGCUGCUAUUGCCGGUUUUGGUGAAACGAGUGCUUUCCGAACGCAGUGGGCACCAGGAAGUUGGCUACUGCAUCAGCCUGUUGCAAGCGCUUGUCCGUUUAGUUGGUGGCGAUGAGUUGCUUUCGUACCGCACGCAACUGGAACAAGUCUUAAACCACGGUCUCAACUACCAAGGCAGCGCUGAGAACAAGGACAAUCGCGCAGUUCACAAAGCUACCGCGAAGCUGUUGCGCAGAUUGUUAGCAGCUUUGACCAGCAGCUACGUGGUGAACGACUUCCGAGUUGUCGCACAAGCGAACUGGGGAGACAUGUGUCAGGAGGACUUACAACAACUGUGGAACCAGACUCCUUGGUGGCGGUUGUUCUCACUAGAAACGCCAGACUGGUACGUACCUGGUGAGAAGGAGCUGGAGUGGGCCACCGCACUAGGAACUUUCGCUACAGCCAACAUUUUGGACUUGCUCUGCGGAAUCUACGUCACCGCUGGUGGUAGCAGCAGUUCCACGUCCCCAUCUGCUUCAUCAAAUAGUGCGACAGCUGGAGGAGCAGCUCCAGCCUCGUCUACAACUUGUCCACAAGUGGUUAGUCAGUGGAUGUCCGAGCUUGCGGAGGAUGCGGCUUGUCUAGAGGGGUCCACCACACCUUCCCGCGAUAGCUGGGAGCCUGUGAAAGAUGAUGCUUCCUCCAUCACUUUCGAAGCCCAUGCUGAGACGCGCGCAGAGUUUGGUGCCGCUUAUCGCGAGAUGCUGAAGUUGAAAACUUCAAGACUCGCAUGCACUAACUUGGAUCUUGUGGGGUCAAGGGAAGACUUCUUGGCUUUGGAGACGGAGAAUGCAGGUCCGCCAGGAGAAAACGUGAAUGACAGUGGAGGGACAACGAAAGGUGGUGGUGGAACAAGUGGGGCUAUAAAGGGUACAACAUCAUCAGACACGCAGAAACAACCAAUUACUCGUUCCAACAGUAAGAACGCAUCAGGGCCAGCAGCAAGGUUGAACCUUCUUCGCACCCUGAUCCAACAACCUUUUCUGCUUGCAGAUCGGGUCUUAAGUCUUACGAAAGCAUUGAUGCGAGGAGGACAUAGCAUAUGGGCAGACGAACUGAUGGAACCUAAGAUCGUCUUGAGUCCAGCGUUCUUUCCGAGAAUAUUUGAGCCGUUGGGAAUAGGUCUUCGGUUGAUCCUCGAGUCGGAGAUUAUGGGGUCAAACAGUGCAGCAGAAACGUAUGCAGCAACAGACGAGGUGGAUGCAGGAGUUGGAGCUUCUUCACCUGGUGGUUCAAAAGGAGAGAAAACCGCAGUAGCUGGAACACCUUCAGAACAACCUGCUACAACUAGCAAUAGCUGCACCCCGGCCGUCUCAUCUUCAUCAGCACCAAAUGGAGUCACAAUCGCUCCUCCCGUGACGAAGAAGUUUCUUAGGUGUAUUGGCGAACUCUAUAUGGGUCAGAUCCCGUGUAAUAGUGGUUCGCUCUUCCGGACGAAGCGACCAGCAGCCGGUGGUCGUAGUGACCCCUUCUUGACGUGGUACAUGUCGUUGUUUGGAGAGCGCAUGAUCUCCCAAAUGGAUGGCGCGCAUCAUCUCUCUAAAAACCGUGACAUUCCACGCUUAUGGUGGAGUCAGCGCCUCUGCGUCACCGUAGACACGCUAGGCGCAGAGCGCGUGUCUGGCGGUUACGGCUUCUACGGACAGAGGAAACAACUUGCAGAAUUGCUGUUGGAAAUCUCAUUGGGCAGUCCAUAUCCGUUGAUCAGGGAGAAAUCACAGGAGCUGCUGGGCAGAGCGUGCAGGAAACAUCGAGGAGCAAAAGCACACAUAGGACACAUGUACGCGGUGAAAAUCUCUGGUGUCAAGUAUCAGAUGCAGGCUCUUCUAGCUCAAAUAGACGUCUCUCCCGAGCAAAAGAAAGCGUUUGCGAAUCAGCUAAAUGGGCUGGCCUACGGUCUCGCGGGUCCGUUGCGCGGUUGCUUCAGCACCUUGUGGCGAGGCCGUGGUCGUCAAGCCGCAGCUUUCAUCUACAAAGUUCUCGACCUGCUCUACGUCCUCUCAAUCUCCCAUCAGUCGAACAAGGAAGUAGUGAAAACGUCAGUCUUGUUGCGCAUUUUCCAGAUAGUCGAUGCGUGGAUCGACGUAAGAGACAAGCCCUGCUUCAACCGCACUACCAGUCGAAAGAUGAGUGACAUGUUGAAGUUCAGAGGCGAUGACGACAUCGCGAUGAAAGAUGUGGAUAUAAACGAGCAGGAAAAGGAAAACGGCGAUUCCGGAGAGGAGAUCUUGAUGCAAUUUGACCCCGAUCCAGCAGCAGAGAUGGAAAAGGCGGACACUUUGAAUACUUUCCGACGUAGCAACGCACUAGUGAACCCCUCGAGUCCUUGGAAGGUACAAUUGCCAACUUGCUUCAGAAUAUUCAUCUCAUGUAUUCGACAGUUGUAUCUUCAACAAGUUUUUUUUUCACUCUCCAUCAUGAUCUAGUAUCGACGAACUACUUCUAUUUCUAUAUGGUUUUUUUACAAACACAACAUCUAACGACUAAGUCAUGAUUUAUAUCCCCAAACAAACUUCACCAGGUCCGCGAUUUCCUUGACAUCUUUAACCGAUCGGAUUGCCAUUGGCGUGUCCGCAUCGUCUGCCUCCUCGUGUGCCAGGCUCUGUGCCAUCAAGCCGGAGACCCAGAAAACCUGUGGGAAGCCUACCUCACUCAGGCUUUGUCCGUGAUGCACCCAUCUUCACAGCAAGGGUUGUUGCAGGUGGCACAACGUGCGAUCAUUUUCGGUCUCCGCAAACAUCCGAAAUUGGUAAAGCUCAUUCCGCAAGUAGUAGGGAAAAUGGAACCCAUAGCGGUUCCUAGUGGUGGUAGGACGACGUCAGCAAACAAAACUAAAAAGAUUCGUGAUGACUAUGCUGAUGCAGCAAAAUGGACCCAGUUUUUCCAGAUUUGUGCUGAAGUCAUGCCCCGACUCGCCAGGUCAGUCGAGGGCAAGGCCAAUGACCCAACGAAGCAUACAAUCCAACUAAUGCGGAAUUUCCGAAUCGCAUGGCCCACAACCUGGAUGCGUGGUGGCGCGUACGCUUUCACCUUCGGUAAUGCGUUGUUCUGGCAAACGCUAAUUGCCGCGAUGCUCAAGCACAAAGAUUUGAUACCAGCCGCAGAGGCAGGGGCACAGCUUUGUGCAGAAAUUAUGUCUGAAAAGCCGAUCAGCGAGACCAAUUUUCACACAGGCUUCAUCGAAAUGACGGCUGGCGCUCUGAGAGCAGCAAGAAAGGACCCAGCAUUGACACAAGGCAUGUGGGAAGUACUACAUCCAACCUUGACAAGUGAAAUCCUCAAUGCUAGUAAGGAAGCGCAAUGCGACUGGGGUGAUGCGUUUAGGUACAUCGUGGUGGGAACAGGCAAGGCUCUGAUGUUGGCUCCAGUGCUUGAUGGGAAGAAGACCUUUACGCUAGGUCAGAAGAAUCGAAUGCUCAAAGGGUCAAGGCAAGGACAGAACCAACACGUCAUUCCAUUGUUGAAUUUCGCGAUGAAGCUAGACGAAAUCCCACGAAUGGAUAAGAUGCUCACAUUGAUGGACAAGAAAGAGGUGGUGGCAGGUAGUACUUUCACAGAUUUAUCUUGUCCUUGUCUUUCUUCUCUGACUGCGUCCUUUCCAAAAUUAAUCAGGAUGAAUAUCUCCUUGACACAAACACCCAGCACGAGGACGUGAUUAAUUAUUAUAUAUACCAGCAAAUUAAAUCACGACGACGUAACAUCCCAUCGUAAUAUAUCUCCAUCAGAUUCCAUCACUACAGAGACUCCAGCAUCAGCCGAAGAGGAUGAAAGCACCUUCCUCCAAGUGAAGAAAAUGCGAUUGCGAAUUGCUGUCUUAGUCGAGCUUUACUCUGCCGGCGACUUACCCGAGCAGUGGGAAGACUGCGCUCAUUCCAUCUACGAGCACGGCAAAGCAAGAUUAGGCCACCACUUGAAGAACCUCCGGGAAGAGGCGACACGCGUUGUCUCUGGCUUUCUGCGGUUAGGCCAAGUAGCUACGCCAGAUACCAACGAAGUAGUGUGGCGUGGAGCCGCGACACAGCGCAUCUGCGACCUGGUCUUGCGAGACUUAGCAUCUGCAGUAGAUAGGUUGUCAGUAAACCUCAAGGAAGACUUCUUAGAACAGCAGAAAGAAGGUGCGGGGGCAAUGUCACCUAGUAGAACAAAUCAUGGAGCAGGUGCAGGAGGAGAAGAGUCAUUUUCAGCUGCAGAAGCUAUGGACGUGGUCGACGCCGCUGCUAGUGCAUACGGCGAUCCAUCUCAACUACAGACCGGUGCUGGCGAAGAUUCACCAACCAAACAGGGGAUGAAUGAACUCCAGAAGAAGCCGCAUGUGUGCGAGGCUCUAGGUGUUUUGCUAGUCACUGUGCAUGUCCUCUCUGCCAAUCGUGGGCAUCUAAUCAUCGGCCGAUCUGCCGCGCAGUGGUUCAAGGACAGAACAUCUGUGUUGAACUUCGCUAUCCUUUGCAGUACACACCACGACCCGGAGUUGAGGUCGCUUGGUUGGGUCGUGUUGUCGCAGAUAGCCGCUGAUACGCCGCCAAACCGCGUCGCGAGUGCAGAACAGGACUUCGAUAGGUUCUCUGCGCCGGCUGAGCGAUUAGCUGACAUCGUAACCGACUUGAUGGACACCAGAUGGGCCUCGUGGACGUCGAAAGAGCGAGAAAAAGUCCUUCUCUUCGUGUCACUAUUGUGUCUGGCGAAUGCGUCAAUGUACGUGAAGAUGCCAGACACGAAGCAACUCUGCGUUUCAGUUGCCGAGAAAACCUUGCUAAAUCCGAAACCGGAUGUGAAAUUCGCAGCGAAGCGAUUGCUUACUGCGCUCUUCUUGGCGGAAAACAUCACCGACAUCAAAGCUACGCUUCUGCCGAGAUACAGAAAGGUAAUGAAAAUCAAAGAACGUGAAAAUGCUAAUAUCUGAUCUUGAUGUUUUAUGUUAUACACACUUUUUUCUACGUCAAGAACUACUACAGAGAUUAGAUCCAUCGCAGCUGAAACUGUACUUCUACCCACUUGUGAUUAUAAGUACAUUUAACUCUCUCGUCCAUUAACAAACUUGAUCAGGUCGCCUCCUCCGUAACCGCAGCGAACAAGUCACGCACAGGAUCUACAGACUCUACUGGCAGCGGCGCAGGUGCUCCUGUCCCAGCCGCAGCAGCUGCAGCCGGCAUAAUAUCAGUAUCAACAUCUUCUUCCACCUCUUCGACUACACAGCAACAAGUAGACCUAACCCCUCUCCAAGCCGUCCAGUCACUAGCCAUCCUUCUCUACGUCUCCAUGGACCUUGGCUGUCCGAAGGAGUUCACAGGUGCUGUGAUUGAAGCGUUGGCGCCGUUCGGCAAUGCCCGUAGAUUUCCUUCGACGAUUUUGAAGGAAGUGGAGGGAGCUUUUCAGGCGUUUCUGAAGAACCAACAGAGGAGUGAGUUCACGUGGCGCGAAUGCAGGAAGAAACUCACGCCAAAACAGCUCGACUUGGUAGAUGCGUAUAAGGGGAAAUUGAGCUACUUCAGUUAAGUAGGAAGCAGGUUGUAGAAGUUCUGCUUGGGAACUAUCUACUGCUGGGCUUGGGUAGUUUAUUGAUGCGACUGAGGAGAGCAGGUGCCUCACUUGUUUUUGUAGAUGAUGUUGUUGGUCCUCAGGUGUAUUAGACGAGUUGUUCUAUCGUUAGUACCUCAAGUUGAGCAUGCUAUUAUUGAUGUUGUUGUUGAUGAUCAUAAGGGAGAAAGCAACAAUUGAUCAUCAACUCGAUCAUAGCCAGGCCUGGUAGUUUUCUAUGCUGAAGGACUUCCAUGUGCUUCCCUGAGGGAUUUCCACUUGUCUGGGCUCUUUUUGAUGUACUUAGGAUAGUCUACUGUUCGUUGACAUCUCCCUACUGUAGAAUUAAAUCUGUUCUGCUAUGCAGCUCGUCGUCGUGCAGCAUACGGAACUGCUGAGCUAAACCGAAGGUCAUUAACUAAAUUGAAAAAUAGGGGGAAAUCUUCACAAGUAAUAUUGAAAGAAGGGGAAUCACAGAGUAGAAGUUUCAUUUGCGUAUGAAUAGAACAUCUUGUUGUAGUCGGUAAGCACAUUUGUUUGAGAAGUAAAAGAGGAAGAUAGAUAGUGCUUUCUUGUUGAACGCGUGUGAAGAAGCAGCUGCUUUCUGCGUCGUGUUACCAGACACGAGGAGCGACAAUAUUAAGAACAACAAGGCAAAGAAAUUCGUUGUAGUAAUAUUGUGUUGAACGUUAAGCAGGUGCAGGUCAUGAUAGACUGUUUAUACUGUUGUGGUAAAUGUACUUCAAAAAUUUCACCGGAAAUAAAAGCAUGUUCAUGUUUGUGAUGAUUUGGAUUGAGAAUGUAAAUGUAUCUGAUGUAAAGAAUUUAGAAAGCACAAAGUCCACAGAAUUUGAAAUUGAACGUAGCAUGUUUGUCGUGUAUGCUGGAGUCUUCACAAAUAACAUUCAUAACGGCACAAGAUUGGCAACAACGUAAGUAAAAGUAUCUCUUGGUAAUGGUAAAUCGUUAUCGUACAACACAAGUCCGCGUAAAAUUUUGAUGUUAUGAUGAAAAAAAUGGAAGACGUCGAAACCCGGGCGAAGAUGAACUGUAAUUUGUUGAGAACUACAUUGAAAUUGAGUGGUCGUAUUAUUCUUGGUUGGUAUCAUCGUCAUGAACAUCAAUAUGUCAUAAUCCAUCUUUGCUGGUGGAACAAGUUGUAGUGUCAAGAAUGAUCUUUUGUUAUAUUUGUUACUCAGUCCUGAACCUGAAGAAAUUGAGAUAGUCAAUGAAUCUCGGGUAGUUAAGUUUAGUCGUAUCGCUAUCUUUCCGCAGCAAGUAUUGUUAGACGACCUUUCCCGCCCUGCUGCUCUUCGAGCUUGUCAUUUCCUGUCAGAAUAAUUCUACUGCGGUCGAUGACUGCGGAUUGGAAGAAGGGAACACGUAAGACGCUAACCACGUGCAAUUAAGUAAGCCGUAUUCGAAUUUACGUAAUGUAAUGCGAUCGUUGAUGAUUGAAUUAAAUAAGUCAUGUGUGUUGACACCUAACACAAUGUCACACACCCACCGCAUCCUCUGCGCCCCGUUCCCGUUCAAUCCUAUGAUCACAGCGCCCCAUCGAUCCUAUCUAGUACGUAAUAGGUUAGGUUUAUUUUGGACAUGUUGUAGCUUAAGCACCCAGCAGCAAAAAAUCCUAGCAUUAGUACAUUCAGAUUCAAGUUCCAGUUCGUUCAAAUCUUUCCAUGUUAGUCGGAGGUUGUUGUUGUAGAUCAACAAAAUAUGAUCGUAAAAGAACAAAAAGCUUGGAAGUCAGCGCGUAGUUCAUCGAAGAAAGUGACUAGAUCGGAGUGGUUGGGUAAUCGAUUAUGCGAAGAAAAGUGUAGAAGAACAAAAAUUUAGCCCGAAGAGUAGAUCUAACAAGGUGAUAAAGACGUAAGUACUUACUAGAGAAGACUGAUUAGCAGGUACUGGGUAGUCAAAGAUGAAAUUUAGAGAUGGGUAGAAUCAGGAGUCGAAUGUGUCAAUUUUUGAAACAGAUGAGGUGUAUCAACACGCGCGAGACUGUGGGCAGAUUAUAAUUGGAAGCUGUGACGAAUAAGCUUCACGAAGGGGUGAGACCUUGGACAUCUAGAUCUAGCACGAUACAUAGUGAUUCAGGUUCAGUUUGCUAGAUGAAAAGGGAUACAACUACCUUACUGGUCGAAAAAUAAGGAUAAGGAAAUAGAGGAAUUCUAUCUCUAAUAUUUCAUCACACAUCUUCAACAUUAACGAGAACUACGAGCACCAAGCUUGAUGAACGAUCAUGAAAGACCGCUCUCUUACAGGAUGUCUGACAGCAUGAACUUUUCGGGAAAAUGAUGAAUAAUACAUGGCUGAAUAU